CCCUCUGUCCGCAGCGGGGGGACCCACUCCAAGGUGGUCCUCAUUUCGGAAGAUGGCAAGAUCAUGGCAGAGACGGAGGGGCCCUGCACCAACCACUGGCUGGUUGGUGCAGACAAGUGCCUGGAACGGAUCAACGCCAUGGUCAGCGAGGCCAAGAGGAAGGCAGGCGCUGACCCGCAGGUCCCCCUCCGCUCCCUGGGCCUCUCUCUGAGCGGAGGGGAGCAGAAGGAGGCCAUCAGGAAGCUCACGGAGGAGAUGAAGAGCCGCUUCCCCUGCCUGAGCGAGAACUACUACAUCACCACGGACGCCAUCGGCGCCAUGGCCACGGCCACCGACUGCGGUGGCGUGGUGCUCAUCUCUGGAACCGGCUCCAACUGCAAGCUCAUCAACCCGGACGGCUCUCAGAUCAGCUGCGGAGGAUGGGGCCACAUGAUGGGUGAUGAGGGAUCGGCCUACUGGAUCGCUCACCAGGCCGUGAAGAUGGUGUUCGACGGCCUGGACAACCUGGAAGUGCCUCCGCACGACAUCAGCUACGUCAAGCAGGCCAUGUUCGACUACUUCCAGGUCUCGGACAGGAUGGGCCUCUUGACGCAUCUCUACCGGACCUUUGAGAAGUCCAAGUUCGCGGGGUUUUGCCAGAAGCUGGCUGAAGGAGCGGAGGCCGGGGAUCCUCUCUGCCGGUACAUUUUCAACAAGGCAGGGGAAGUCCUGGCACGACACAUAGUCGCCGUGCUGCCCAAAAUUGACAAGAGCCUCUUCCAGGGCGACCUGGGCCUGCCCAUCGUGUGCGUUGGAUCCGUGUGGAACAGCUGGGAAAUGAUGAAGGAAGGGUUCCUCGGGGUCCUGGAGCAGGCCCACCGCGAGCAGCAUGGCAGCGCCUUCUCCACGUUCAGCCUCCUGAAGCUGAAGCAGUCCUCGGCCCUGGGCGGCGCGAGCCUGGGCGCCCGGCACGUGGGCCAGGCCCUCCCCCUCGACUAUGCCGCCAACGUGGACGUCUUCUACACACACUCCUUCGCCUAGAGGGGCCGGCCCGCCGGCCGUUUUUACAACUUUAAUUGAUGGUCUUCUCUGUCUCAAAGGGAAUCUUGUUGGACUUUUUGUAUGCACGUUUCUUAAAUUCAUCAAUAAAAAGCAAGACCAAG